AUGGCUGUUGAGAAGAAUGACCAUUUCAACGCUUUACCCGAAGGCUGCAUUGCCUACACCUUAUCUCUAACCAGUCCCAGAGAUGCAUGCAGGUUAUCCUCGGUCAGCUCCACGUUUUGCUCUGCUGCACAAUCCGACGACGUCUGGGAGAGGUUUUUGCCCCCAGAUUAUCGUGAUAUUCUUAGCCGAUCAGAGCAGGGGAUUCAACCGUUGCGCUUAUAUACGUCCAAGAAACAAUUGUAUCUUCAUCUUUGCGAUAAUCCCAUUUUGAUUGACAAUGGGACCAAGAGCUUCUCAUUGGAGAAAUCCAGUGGAAAGAAAUGUUACAUGUUGGCUGCAAGGGACCUCACAAUUGUGUGGGGUGAUACACCGUGUUAUUGGCAAUGGAUUCCCCUACCUAUGUCUAGGUUCACUGAAGUGGCGGAGCUUCUCGAUGUCUGUUGGCUUGAAAUUCGGGGCAAGAUAAAAACUUCCUUGCUGUCACCAGAUACUACCUAUGCCAGUUAUCUUGUUUUCAUAUGGAAUGAUGCCUUUGGUUUUGAUCACGUACCUGCAGAGGGUGAAGUAGGAAUGAGUGGACAAGAAGGUCAAAAAAAGAUGGUUCAUCUGGACCCUGAGACACACAGGCAGCAAGAUAUGCCAAGAAGGCAAAGAGGGAGGUUUGGCCAUCGCCAAACUGCAACAAUGAGAUGGCGGGAGGUUAGGCCUGCGGACAGGGAUGCACAGACUUCCAAGCAGAGAAGUGAUGGGUGGAUGGAAGUUAAGUUGGGGGAGAUUUUUAUAAAGGGAGGAGAAGAUGUUGAUAUGGAGAUGGCCUUGACAGAAGUAAAAGGGGGCAACUGGAAGCGCGGUCUGAUUGUUCAAGGGAUUGAGGUUAGGCCCAAAUGA